GGACAAAUAUACGAAAUGUUAAUUCACCAAUGCGUCUUCCUUCUGACAUGUCUCAGCCUGGUUAAGCUUGUGAUAUCACGGACAAGGCAUGUUGUGUUCUGGGACAGAAGCAUAAACUCAAGUUUGACGACCGAGCUUCGCCUUCAAGUACAGAUAAACGAGUGGAUGGACAUCCUGUGCCCCAAACCUGCCCGUAACGACGAAAAGAGGGGGGAGGAGUUAUACAUUGAUGUAUUCAACGUCACAGCAGCGCAGUAUCAUCGGUGUAACACACAAAAAAUUCAACGAGUUUUAAGGUGUUCUGACCCGAAAAGAGAAAUUAAACUGACGACAAAAUUUCAAGAGAGAAGUCCCUCGCCGCUUGGAUUUGUGUUUCGACCUGGACAGUCAUACUACUACAUUUCAAAACCAUCAAAAGGCGGAACAAGAGGCUGCUCUACUGACACCUUGCGGUUGGUUGUAGAGGUUGAAUCGCAACAUGGUCGUGUGGAAGAAAACAAACAUACAAGAUUUGACCCCUGGCUAGAUCAAUCUGAGUUUGGUAUGAAACACAACAAGCGUCAUCAUCACUUGAAAAACGCAGAGAAUGAAUUGGAGAAACGCGAACCACAAGAACCAGUUGUGCUUUCGCAGAAGAACUCUGCUGCCCCACCUGACGGAGGCAAUUCUGCGGUUGGAAUUCACUCGAGGAGACACGACACUCGACUGUUAGCUCUGAUCACAAGUUCGCUGCUGAUGGUGUUGUUUACGAAGUGGGUGUGAUGACGUGGUUUGGGCAAUUCAAUACACGGUGUGCACACUUGUGAGACGACAGCAACGCUCUCGACCAUCCAAGGCGGAGAAUUGUUCUUCAAGGGCCCUGGUGCGCGGCACUUACGGUAUAAGUGCUGGCAAACUUUACAAACACACUUUGCUUCUUUACCUAGUUCGUGACAGUCGUUCGCUUUUACUUGUACCGGCCGGACAAUACAAUCUAAAGUUUUUUUUUAUUUUUUUAUUUUCUUUUGUGUCGCUACAAUACAUAUUGAUUCCAC